CGUUUUAAAAUUGAAAUAGAUAUUGCAGCCUUCAAAUUACCCUCCAAAAUUCUUCAAAUCUCCUGCAUUUACAAACCAACCUUCGCACCACCGUAAUCUCCCAACUCCGGCCGCCAUAAAGACCGAUGGUUCAGUUCCACGAACACAUAAUUACAGACCUAUUAGAAGGUCAAAACGGCGGACUCGUAAUCCUAUCCUCCGGUCUGUCCCUUCCCAAGCUAAUUUCCUCUCUUCUCCUUCUCCAUGACUCUUCUCAAGGCACUCUCUUAAUCCUCUCCCCGUCCUCUUCUCCUUCUCUCAAAACCCUAAUUCUCCACCACCACCUCAAAAACGACGACCACCAGACUAUCGCGGAAAUAACCGCCGAUCUUCCUGCUCACCACCGCCUCUCUCUCUACAGCUCCGGUCAAAUCUGUUUCAUUACUCCUCGAAUCCUAAUCGUUGACCUCCUCACUAAUAGAAUCCCUAUCACAGCAAUUUCUGGAUUGAUUAUUUUAAACGCUCACGCUUUAUCAGAAACUUCAACAGAAGCUUUCAUUGCGCGGAUUUUAAAAACCCUAGGUCAAAGUCAAAGUCAAAAUCAAAUUUACAUUCGUGCCUUCACUGACAAGCCUCAUGCUAUGGUGAUGGGGUUUUCGAAGACGGAGAGGAUAAUGAAGGCGUUAUAUGUGAAGAAACUGCAUCUUUGGCCUAGGUUUCAGGUUUAUGUAUCGGAGGAGCUCGAGAGGAGUCCUCCGGAGGUUGUUGAUGUGAGAGUAGGGAUGAGUAAGUAUAUGAUGGGAAUACAGAAGGCAAUUAUUGAAGUUAUGGACGCCUGUUUGAAAGAAAUGAGGAAAACUAAUAAGGUUGAUGUUGAAGAUUUGAGUGUUGAAAAUGGUCUGUUUAAGAGUUUUGAUGAGAUUGUUAAGAGGCAGCUUGAUCCUAUUUGGCAUAUUUUAGGGAGGAAGACUAAGCAAUUGGUUUCGGAUUUGAAGACAUUGAGAAAGUUGCUUGAUUAUCUUGUUAGGUAUGAUGCAGUGAGUUAUUUGAAAUAUCUGGAUACGCUUAGAGUGUCCGAGAGUUUUCGUUCUGUUUGGAUAUUUGCAGAGUCCAGCUUCAAGAUAUUUGAUUAUGCAAAGAAGCGUGUUUAUCGUUUGGGAAGGUCAAAUGGUGAUGCAAAAGUAAAUGGGGCAAAUAACAGCAUUAAAGGUAGAAAAAGAAAACUAAAGGCGUGCAAUGAGACUGAGGAAGCAGUUACUGAGGGUACUUCAUCCAGUAAUCCAAAUGGUGGUGUGGUACUAGAGGAGGUUUUGGAGGCAUCUCCAAAGUGGAAGGUGUUACGUGAAAUCCUUGAAGAGAUAGAGGAAGAAAGACGAAAGCAGGACUUAUUGAGAGAAAACAAUCCGGUUGAAAAUGAAGAAACUGAUAAUGGCAUUGUUCUAGUGGCAUGCAAAGAUGAAUGCUCAUGCAUGCAGCUGGAAAAUUUCAUCACGAAUGGUUCCCAAAAGGUCUUGCGAGAAGAAUGGGAAAAAUAUUUGUUGAGCAAAGUUGAAUUGCGCGACUUGCCAACACCUCAGAAAAAGAAAUUUAAAAAAAGAGAAACAAAAGGAUUUGGCAUUCUUGACGGAGUUGUUCCUGUAACGACAGCACAAAAUGCUGAUGCAAGCAGCUCAAACAAGCAGGAACGUGAUGCGCUGUUGGCAGCAGCAUCGGAAAUAAGAAAUCAACAGAGAAAGAUAUUUGUUGUUGAGGAUGAGCUACAGCCUGUCGUUGACAACAAGAAAGGUAGAAAAGCAAGGGGAAAAGUGCAAAAUAAAAGAGGGCGAACAAAUGCUCAGACUUCCGGAGAAGAUAAUGUCGAAAAUGAAGUGAAAAUGAGUGAUAAGUCGGAAAUGCCUAGUACAGAAAAUGAAGCCCCACCCAGUGAGAACAAUCAGCCAAUUACAGAAGGCUAUCAAGAAGUCAACUCGAAAGCUUCUUCUUUAGAUCAAGGGGUUCUUCGUAGGCAUACUCAGCAGCUGGAUUCUUCAAGCUGCAAUGCUAAGCAUAUACCACCAGUGCACUUUUAUGCUCAGGAAAGUGACCAGCCUGUUCUUGACAUCUUAAAGCCCUCUGCAAUUGUUGUUUACCACCCAGACAUGACUUUUGUUCGAGAAAUUGAAGUCUAUAAAGCUGAAAAUCCCUCAAAAAAGGUAAAAGUUUAUUUUCUUUUCUAUGAAGAUUCUACCGAGGUCCAAAAAUUUGAGGCAAGCAUACGAAGGGAGAACGGAGCAUUUGAAUCGCUGAUCCGACAGAAGUCAAUGAUGAUGAUUCCAGUUGAUCAGAAUGGAAAUUCCCUAGGAUUGAAUUCCUCUCUGGAUUCACAACAAUCAAGUUCCUCAAAUUCAAUCACCAGAAAGGCUGGUGGAAGAAAGGAAGCUGAGAAAGAAAUGCAGGUCAUAGUGGACAUGAGGGAAUUUAUGAGCAGCCUUCCAAAUGUUCUCCACCAGAAAGGGAUGCGUAUCAUACCAGUAACCUUGGAAGUUGGGGAUUAUAUUCUCUCUCCAUUAGUAUGUGUUGAGAGAAAGAGUAUUUCAGAUCUUUUUAUGAGCUUCACGUCAGGCCGUCUUUACCACCAAGUGGAAACAAUGGUCCGAUAUUAUAGAACACCUGUUCUUCUGAUCGAGUUUUCACAAGACAAAAGUUUUUCAUUUCAGUCAGCGAGUGAUAUUGGUGAUGAUGUCACACCAAAUAAUAUCAUAUCCAAGCUGUCUUUGCUUGCGCUGCAUUUUCCCCGCUUGCGUAUCAUCUGGUCUCGCAGUUUGCAUGCUACUGCUGAAAUAUUUGCUUCACUGAAGGCGAAUCAGGACGAACCUGAUGAGGCCAGGGCAAUGAGAGUUGGUGUUCCAUCAGAAGAGGGUGUUAUUGAAAAUGAUGUGAGAGCUGAGAAUUACAAUACAUCGGCUGUGGAGUUUUUGAGAAGACUGCCAGGAGUGACAGAUUCUAACUACAGAGCUAUAAUGGAUGGGUGUCAAAGCUUAGCUGAACUUGCCCUUCUUCCUUUAGAGAAGCUAACUGAACUCAUGGGUGGUCAGAAAGCUGCACGAACUCUGCGAGACUUCCUCGACGCAAAAUAUCCAACCUUGUUAUAAUACUGAAACUAGCUCAUUAGUUUUUCCAUUAAAAUUCUUCACGGGAGUAAUUUGCGAGUUCAAAUUCCGCUGCUGAAAGAUACUUCAAUGCAGUGUUUCAGUUGAGCAGAAUAUUUCAUUGUAAAUUUGUAAUUUUUGGUUCUCAUAAUUUAAUUCAAUGAUUUUCUUUUAAAA